GAAGCGGGCUCGCCGACAUUCGAGAGGGAAACAAAGAAACGAGGAACAUUACGGUUCCGCUGGACACAAAACUGGAAUAAUUACGUUUAUCCUCAACCCUACAGCUUGACAGUCUUCAAAGGUUUCCGUCAUGUCGCACAAACAGAUCUACUACUCUGAUAAAUACGACGAUGAAAAAUACGAGUACAGACAUGUAAUGUUACCUAAAGAUAUUGCAAAGCGUGUACCCAAGACCCACUUGAUGUCUGAGACCGAGUGGAGGAACCUGGGGGUCCAACAGAGCCAAGGAUGGGUGCAUUACAUGAUCCACCAGCCAGAGCCUCACAUCUUGCUGUUCCGACGCCCUCUGACCUGCCAGAAGUCAUAAGGGAGAUAUUCUGCAGGUCCUUGAAGAUCAGCCUGACUUGCGCGCCACAGGUGGACUCAUCAAAUUAGGGAUCAUUCUGUCAGAUCAUGUCUUGAGUGGUAUGUGACUAGCGACUUGGGCUGAUCAUGUUGGACCUGGAGAAGGACUUUGCAUAUAUGAACAGUGGUUGUUGAAUGGAGUAUGUAUUGAAGGAAAAAAAAAAUCACAGCCCUUCUCUUAGGGAUAAGACUUUUUCAUGACACACUGUCUGCCAGAAACCUUCAAAUCAGCUCACACUGUCCAUUUUGACUUCACCUACAUGUUGAACCUGCUUGGAUAAUCCAGCUUUGUAGAACAACUGCUGUAAGAUGUGCGGAGUGAGACUUGUUCAAACAUAAAGUAAUUUAAAGGAGUGCAUUCUGGGUCAUACUCGGGUUAGAACACAGGUCGGAUGUAAUAGGUGGAUGCUACAUUUGCUUUUGUCUCUGGAACAUCAAACUGCGGUUUAAAGUGACAUGUUGCUGCUUGGUUUAAAUGACACUGAAAAUUGGCAUUUAACAUUUUUUUUUUGUCAUGUACAUGGAAGAUCGCAUCUAAAAAGGUAGCUUUGAUCCCCUUUCAGUAAGAGCGUUUGAAAUCAGCUUUGACUUAAAAAAUAAAUAAAUAAAUAAAUCUCUUAGAUGGGUCCAGUGAGCUGCUCAGUAUUUAUGAGUGUGUUGCCCUAACUGAAAUAAAUGUAAAAUUUUAAAUGGUAUUAAUGUGGAUCUCUGGUGUGGCAGUAAGUGUGCUUUACCACUGCUGUAUGAUUACACAUGGCCACUGAAAACUGGUGAAAGUAGAAAAGAAAAUUCUUUAUAGCUUUGAUGGCAGACACCAAAUCUAAAAAUUGCUCUUAUAUAAUAAACCCAGAUGGAAAAAAAAUGAGAUGAAACCAAUUAAUUUUGGUAUGAAUAUUUGAAGAAGGCACUUGUUGACAUCCACUGAGUACUGACCACUUGCCCUCACUCUUCUCAGCUUGUUUACCCUCCGGCCUGUUUUUUCCUCCAACCCCACACUGAGCUGCUUCUCUAACAUUUAGGCCAGAAGACACCGUGAAUACUUGUUUGUGAAUUUGUGCCUUUUUGUACGGUUUGUUAUUAAGUUCAUGUGAUGGAAUACAUUUUUAUGAUUAUGUGUGAAAACAAAGCUAUUCUACCUGAACUAUCAGAACUAUUAAAACAAAAUGAAAACAGAUA